CUGUGAAGAGUCGGGUUUCACUGGGAAAUUCUAAGCUUCAAGCUGAAGCUCUUUCUUAACUUGAGACUUGUUAUGAUUCUGAGCCAACGUGGUCUCAUGUGGCUCAGUACUGGUUGUCCUACAUGUGUAGGGCCACCGCAUCAAUUAAUCAGGCCGAUUGAGGUGUUCCAUCACGGUGUUUUGACGAUCCAUGUGGGACAGACUUUCGAAUUCAAGAACCUCAUAGCUAGCACUCUCACUGGCGUUUUUAGAUGUGGAAUAAACUGAUACGCUCCAGGUCGAUUACCGCUCAAGCAAUGCAGUCCGACUCAUUGGAGUGGCCCAAGCAGGAAGAGUCCAACUGCAAUUCAACGCCAGGCUAUGAUAUGGAGGACAAUCUCUGUCGUGCGGGAUUCCUCGGACGCACCACUCUGUUGCUUUCUCGGUGUGGGAUUGAAACGCAUGGUGUCGCACCGGUUCCAGCAGAGGAACGUCUCGAGACUCGGUGGUACCAAAUGUUUUUCGUGUGGUUCUCGGCUAGCAUGAAUAUCUUAGGAUUCAGCAUUGGAACUGCCGGACCUGCAUUUUUUGCACUGGGAGUUCGCGACUCUAUAACUAUCAUUGUCAUCGUCAACCUGACGACUUGCUUGUUUCCUGCGUUCUCUGCUGUUUUCGGGCCAAAGCUUGGCAUGCGAGCUGUGGUACAAGCAAGGUUCUCCUUUGGGUAUUUUGGUGCCAUCAUACCGGCCGUCUUGAAUGUUCUCUCCUUGGAAGGCUUCCUUAUUCUGAACUGCAUCGUUGGCGGACAAACUAUAGCAAGCUUGUCCCCUCGACUCGAUGAUACUCUUGGAAUUGUCAUCGUUGGUAUCAUAACUCUUGUGGUCACUUUUUGUGGAUACCGCGUUAUCCAUUGGUACGAAAGCGUGGCUUGGAUCCCGAAUGUGAUUGCUUUCAUCACAAUGCUGGCUGUCGGUUAUCCACAACUGCGCGAAAAUCUAUCGGCCCCCGUCCCUCCCGCAACAACCGCUAAUGUAAUCUCUUUCACGUCCCUUCUCACAUCUGGCAUGAUCAGUUGGUGUACCAUGACCCCCGACUAUGGAGUAUACCAUAGCCCUGAUGCUUCCUCUACCAGAAUUUUCAUCUACUCAUAUCUGGGGUUUUUCGUAUCUAAUGUGGCUAGUCAGGCUCUAGGUGCUGCAUUCGCAGCCGCAGCUCCAAACGUACCAGCUUGGAAUGCAGGGUUUGACAGCUCUUCCGUCGGUGGCUUGGUAUACAGCGUGCUGUUGCCUACUGGUACAUUCGGAAAAAUUCUCACUGCUUUGGUCGCCCUCAGCAUACCCAGUUGCUGUGCGCCAAUAAUGUAUACGUUCAUCAAUAGUUUUAUGGCUAUCGCUACGAGGUUUGCCGCGGUGCCUAGAUGGGUAUACAUCCUCAUCUCAGAGGGAAUUCUGAUACCGGUGGCCAUUAUUGGUGCCAAAAAGUUUUACACCACUUGCGUGGAUAUCGUCGACAUCAUUGGAUACUGGUCAUCAGCUUUCGCUGCGAUAAUCUUCACAGAACAUGUGUUAUUCCGACGGGCCUCGUUUUCUGAGGAUCAGUAUCCCAUCGCGACGUGGGCUUCGUAUGAUCUCUUGCCUAGUAGUAUUCCAGCGGUCGUGGCUUUUGUGUGCGCCUGUGGAGCUCUUGUUCCGUUCAUGUCACAGGGUUUGUAUGUAGGACCUGUUGCGAGGCAGGGCACUGGGGACCUUGGUGUGUUCGUGGCGUUUGUGGUGGGUGCUAUCGUUUAUGCGUUGAUGAGGGGUUUUGAGAAGAUGUGGUAUAAGAAGACGAGUAAAUCUGGGGCUUACUAG